UUCGCACCAAGGAAAACAAUUUUUUACCAUGUUUGUCUUGUGGUUAUUUACUUUUGAAUGUGUGUGUGUGUGUGUGUGUGUGUGUGUGUAUUUGAAUUCUGGCGUUCGUUUGAACGCCGGGAAGUAGAUACGAGCGUGGAGAAAACAAUGAAGACGAUGUCAGUUGAAAGACGACUGUCGGUAAGGAACUGCGGGUAAUGUCAAAUGGUACAAUGAGAAAAUUGACAAGUAACCUAAACAGCUUCACGUUUACUUAACGCGAUAUCAUUUCGCGGAUAUUUCGAUCGUGGGGAUGAGUAACGAUGCCUCUUCGUCGAGGAGUGAUGUGUCUUCCUUUGAGGCAUCUACAACGAACCUGGAGGAGGAAUUUAACUCUCAAGCUUCCGUUGAUAGGGACGCUAAGAGACCGAGACUGUCGGUCGCGAACAGCAUAGCCAAGAAGUGUGGCAACGGCGUCGGUUCCGCGGAGGGCGUCAUCGGCAGCGUUAGUGGCGGAAACGGCGGCAGCGGCGGUGGCAUGGAUUGCAUGCCCCUGCGGCCGGGCCCCUUUCACUAUUUGAUAAGCGAGCAGGCCAAGUCUUUGGUGGCCCUGCAGGAGCUGCAGAAUGAGGUCGGAGCUCUACUCGAAUUCCGGGACCUCGUCAUGGAGACGUUCCCAAACCUCCGGCACAAGAUGGCCGCGACGGCGUCCGCGGGAGCGUCCGUGAUAUCGUCCACCUGCGCGCAGAACUCGCACAUCCCUUUGCCACUCUCCAGCCCGUCGUCGCGAAGGAUCAACGAAUGGGAGCCGGGGAAGGUUAGAAGACGGAUACCGAGGGAAGGCGGCGAGUCCUCGUCAUCUUCCUUGCCUAGAAGCCGUAGUAAUUCCCACAGCGGCGGUACCAAGAACAACUGCAGUGCCACGGUCCAGGAUUCCGGCUUCAGCACGGAGACGUCGUCGAAGGACAGCGCGUCGACGGCGAUAGCGCCUAGACCGAACAGUCCUCGUCCGGCCAUCCUGGACGAGGCGGAGGACGAGCUAUGGAAUCUCUUAGACGUGAUCCAUCGGAAAGGGAUCAGGCUUAGAGAGGAAGUGGAAUGUCUUCAGGGUCGGUUGGAGAGCGUAGCGCCGGAAGAUUUAGCCUCGACGGAUAUCCUGGACGCCGUGAAGGAUAUCGCGUUCUUGGGUGGCGAUAGAACGGCUGGAAUAGACGCCGAGGAUGGCAAAGAGGACAAUUCUCAAGUGAUAGCGCUUAGAAGAGAAAAGGAACAGCUGCUGGAUAAGGUAGCUGAGUUAGAGGCCGAGACGAUAUCGAGUCGCGCGAGGGCGCAGGAGCUGCAGUCGGAGUUAGCCGCGCUGUCCGCGCUGAAGAGUGGUCUGGAGGAUAGGCUGAGGGCAGGACUGAACGAUUCAUCCUCAGACAUCCUCACGCCCGGUGCACAACGGCUUCAACCGAUCGCUCCCGUGGUGUCUUCGCCGAAGAGCAACAACGUCAGUAACAUUAAGAGCAAGUCUUCUGCGUUCGCCUCGGUGGCGACGUCCGCGAAGGCACACAAGAGCCGCUUCAGGACGAGGACUAUCGAGAAAAACGUGUUGCUGGAUGUCAACGCUCACAACGACGAGCUGCGAGACAUCGAUGUCGAGGCGAACGUGAAGGAGAGAAGAGCGAGGCUGGGCGCUUUGGAUUCUGUCCUCGUGUCGCCUACCAGGGUUGCGCACGUCAAGGACGUCGAUUCGAAGAAGAUCGCUGCCAUUCUACGCGAACACUCUCCGCUUGAGCUGCAGCGGCAUUUAAUCACUACUACCGUCCAUAAUCAGGUCCUACAAAAAAGGUUAUACGAAGUACAGAAGAGCACGGAAACCCUAUCCGGGCGGCUAGAUAAGGCGCGCGAGGAGAACGACGACUUACGUUUUCAGCUAGAAGAAAGAAAUAUCGAGUUAGAGGGUACGCGGGCACGGGUCCGCGUGUUAGAGCGGCUUCAACAACGUCCUCCAACUGAGAUCGAUCCGGACGUGGAUGCGGAUCAGCCUAGAUGCGAGCAGGCCGGUCUGGAGCCUGGCAGCAGCACGGAGUCGGCUCGCGACCACCAUCAAGCAGUGGAAGUAAAGCCGUCACCCCGUCGGCGUCCUAGUCGUAUACCUUUGCCCGGUUUGACGUCGAAGGCAACAGCACCCAGGCCGCCUAGCCACGGGAGGAACGACAGCAAAGAGUCGUUGAAGUCGCUGACGAGACCUCCGCGCGAUUCUAGUCGUGACAGCCACGGUGGCAAGUCCCUAUCGAAAGCGCGCGACUCGAGCCGGGACUCGCUGGGCAACAAAAGCUUGACGAAGAAUAGUAGCAACGGGAGCGGCGGCGGCAGCGGCGGUGGCGGUAGCAAUGGGAACGUGAACGUGAACGUGAACGGAAACGGGAACGGGAACGGAAACAGCAAGGAGACGAACAGGGAGUCCCUGAACAGGUCCCUGCCGCGUAACAAUUCCAGCCGAGACUCCUUAAACAAAUCCUCCUCGCUGUCCCGCGCCCGUGACUCGCUGGAGUCAAACAACCUCGGCACGUCCUCAUCCCCGGGGACGACUCCUCCUCGACGACCGCCCGCUCCUGCACGCCGUUCCUACAGCCUGGCCCGCGCGUCAACGUCCAUUGAGUCCGAGAACGGCAAGGUACGACCUGUAAAGCAAUUCUUUUGGACCAGCUGGCUGAAGUCGUCGUUGUCCAAUGGCCCGACGUGCACCGAGCCACCGAGUUCCUGGUGCUCAACGAACGGUAGCUUCCGGCACAGCGACUCAUCCUUGUACCCGGACUCGCUGAACCAAGAAACGUCGUCGAUGACCGGGUCCACCAGAGUUGAGUUCAUAAUCGGCUCACCUACCAGGCGUUUCCGUCAGAGCUCCGUCUGGCCUCAUCGUUACUUCGACAGCAUCGACUCCACCGCGAUGCUGCCCGAGAGCUUACUGACCGACGAAUUCUCCCUGAACCACGGCGAGGCGCUCGCCGAAGAUUUCAUAGUACUGAUGCAUCUGCUGAAGGCCUCGUGUGGCAGUGGGAUACUUUUCUUACCGAAUGGCUUCAGAAGAGCGGGCUACGUAUCGGCGAUAGCUUGCAGCGUCAUCGUGGGCCUGUUAUGCACUCACACUGUAGUCACGCUGGUGCGAUGCGCUCACGUGUUGUGCAGACGCAAUCGCAUACCGAUGCUGGAUUUCGCCAAAACAGCGGAGCUCUCGUUUCAGUGUGGCCCAAAACGAAUUCGAAAGUACGGGAAAAUCUUCGGCAUUUUUACGAACGUUUUCGUCUGCAUCGUCCAGUUCCAGACGGCUGUGAUAUACAUACUAUACGUCUCCACCUCCUUUCAGCAAGUUAUCGAGUUCUUCUCCGGCAUCGAAAUGAAUGUGCGAAUCUACAUAUUGGCUCUGAUCCCCUUCAUCUGCCUGCUUGGCUUCCUUCCUAACUUGAAAUACCUGGCUCCUUUUUCCGUAAUCGGAUUUUUAUUCAUGUUCAUCGGUAUUUGGGUCACAUUUUACUAUCUGUACGACAAUUUUCCCGAUCCCCGACGGCUGCCAGCGUUCACGUACUGGUUGUCCGUGCCGAUGUAUUGCACUUUGAUGCUGUAUGCUCUGCACAACGUUACCCUUUGCUUACCUUUGGAGAACUGCAUGAAGAAUCCGAUGCGAUUACCGCGACUGAUAAAAUGCAACAUGCUAAUCAAUACUUGCCUCUACACAAUAUUCGGGUUCCUCGGUUACAACAAGUACAUGGACAUGACCUGCGACACGGUGAUCAAGAACUUGCCGAUAGAGGACGCGCUAGCACAAUCGAUCAAGGUUGCCAUCUCUUUGUCCGUCCUGUUCUCGUUCGGAUUAUCUUACUACGUGCCGAUCACGAUAUUCUGGCCGAUGAUCGAAGCAAGGUUUAAAACUUACAAAUAUUCCAAGGCGAUAGUUCGUUUAAGUGGAAUAUUCUUAAUAACGUUAUUGGCCAUCGCGAUUCCAAUCAUGGUUCCUUUACUCGGUCUCCUCGCAGCGGUAAGCAUAAGCACGGUAAUGCUACUGAUCCCGAUACUAAUCGAGACAGCCACGAAAUGGGAAAAGGCCACUCGGUUUCUCUUAGCGAAAAACAUCGGCAUAUCUGUUGUCUGGAUACUUCUGUUGACGUUUGGAGCAGCCGAAAGCUUCCUGUCUAUCAUCAGAGAAUACAAUGGCGGUAAGAGAAAAGGAUGUUAAUUCGUUAAUCACUGUUAGCGUGACAAAUAGCAGUAGCCAAUGUUUAUACAAGAAUUGUAUCAUAAUUAUUGUA